GCGGAGCCAGGGCGGCGGUGGGCAGCGAACGCUUCGCUGGAGCUGACAGAGCGGAGCCGGCAGAGCAGAGCCGGCCUCAUAGCCCGGGCGGUCCCAGACUCCAGCACGGUAAAGGAUCUGCUGAGAUGCCCAUCAUGGUAGAUGACAUCAUGAAGCUUCUAUGCUCCAUUUCCCAGGAGAGGAAGAUGAAGGCGGCCUUCAAGCACUCUGGAAGGGGUGCUGUGGUUGCUGGGACUAUGGCCUUCGUCGGUGGCUUGGUUGGUGGCCCACCAGGAAUAGCUGUUGGGGGGACCGUUGGGGGCCUGCUAGGUGCCUGGAUGACGAGUGGACAGUUUAAGCCCGUUCCUCAGAUCUUAAUGGAGCUGCCCCCUGCUGAACAGCAGAAACUUGUUAAUGAAGCCGCUGCCAUCAUCAGGAACUUGGACUGGACAGACGCUGUGCAGCUGACUGCCCUGGUCAUGAGCAACCAGGCCAUGCAGCAGAAGCUCUUGGCUAUGCUAACAACCUAUGUCACCAAGGAGCUACAGGCUGAGAUCCGCUAUGACGACUAAGUCACUCCCCUUGGGGAAUGGGGCUUUCAUUUUAGAUGAUUCUAUGGCUCUCAGAAGGUGACCAGGGAAGGGGGGAAGCCUGACAGGUACUUCUGAGAAACUUGUAUAUUACCAGCAUUGACUGUAAGCUGCUGUGCUAGUCCAUCCUGUUGGACUGUCCUGCUGGAGAGGCCUCGGCCAUGCAUCUUGGGCUGUGUGUGCUGUGGAAAGUGUAGGAAUUCACAAACAGCCUGGAGUCCUCCCGACCACGUGGGUCUGAAAGAAGUUCUCCUGUUGUUGCCUGUCCGACUGUACCAGGUGCUCCUCUUUCUGUGAAGAGUGUACCUCCAGGUUACCUGUUACAGGAUUAGAUCCCCUUAAGCUCUGGGAUCUUGGGGUUCAGAGCCAGCUCUUGUCAGGAUUGUGCUUACCUGCUGAGUGUUUCCCUUCCUUGGCCAGGGACUGCCCAGUAUCUCAUGAUGACAACAGUCCCUGCUUUGAGUGAAGCCACAGGUGCCAGGCAGGCUGUGUGCUCUGCUGCAGGCUAUGCUCCAGGCUCUCUUGAGUAACUUUAGUUAAGCUUCUGGGAUCUUCUACUUCCUUAUGCAAAAUCAUGGCACUUUAUAUCUUUUAUUUUUAAUGUCAAUUCUGGACCCCUUUUGUUCUCUACACUUACAUAGCCUAAGUUAAUUUAGUUCCAUUUUCUUUUUCUUCUUACUAUGUUUCCUGGGCUAAGUCCUGGGCUCAAGUGAUCUUGCUACAUAGCUGGGACCGUAGGCUUGUGCCGCCAUACCUCGCUUUACCUCAAAGACUGUUCUCCUCCACUCCACUUUUCUUAAGUUCUCCCAUGCUCUCCUCUCUGCUGGCUGCAAUCUACAGUUCACUUGUGUGAAAAGACAAACCUAACAGUGGCUCGAGUUCAAAGAUCCUAACUGAGCUAGGUGCUGUGAUGCAUACCCACAGCCCCAGAUAAUUGAAAGGCCACGGGGGUGGGGGUGGGGGGGGGGUGGGGGGGCAUCCUUGGGCCCAGGAAUUCAAGACCAACCUGCACAUUGCAAAAGCAGGGAGAUAGGUGGGGGACACUACCCACCUUCUUAGUUGGUUUUUAUUUGCAGUCACAGAAUCAAGAGGCAGUGAGUGUUCUGAUGAGGUGGAAAGAGAAGGUAGACAGGAGAGACCAAGGGAAAGCAGAAACGAGAGCACUAGUGAACCUCCCGUGAAACUGGCUGUUGACAGAUGGGGCUAGCCCUCUCCAUUUCCCUAGUGACAAUGGCUCAAAUUGGACAAGUACCUGGUUUGUUUGUUUGUUUGUUUGUUUUCCUUGUGGUGUUGUGGAUGAAACCCAGGGUCUUGCCUAAGCUAAGUGCUACCACUGUGCUCUGUUCCUAGUCCUCCUCUCUUGGUAGAUCCUUGGCAAGUUCUCUGAGUAAUCUGGGAAUCUCUGAUUACCACCGAGCCUGGUUCCAGCCGUAGUGACUCAACUUUGGUUUGAUUGGUUGGUCCUAGUGCUGUGGUUCAACCAGUAACAUCGUAUUCAUUUGAUUAAGUAUUUGAUACUUCUUUUUAUCCCUUAUUGGAGAAGCUCACUUAUGGAAGGCAGGAACUGUGUAUUUUGGUUACCUCUCCUAUCACCAGCAUGCUCCUGCCUGGCACCAUGGCUUUUAUGUGGUAGACACUUAAUAAAUAUAUAUAUGUGCGUGAAAAUAUAUAUGGUGUAUGUGUCUGGUUCCCACAGAGACUGUAACGGGGCAUUGGGCCUCCUAGAACUGAUGAACUGACAGUUGUGAGCCCCCACGUGGGUUCUGGGAACUGAACCCAAGCCCUCUGCAAGAGCAUCAAUGGCUAAACAAACUUCCCUCCUCUAGGUUUAUGUCUUUAAACCUGGGUUUCGCUAUGUGAUUCUGGUUGGCUUCGAACUCAUGGCCUUCCUGCCUGAGCCCCUUGAACUCUGAGAUUACAGGCAGGUAUUACCAAGCCAAGCCAAAUGCAUUUUUUUGUUGUUGUUGUUAGAAGUCUUUAAAUUUUUAUUGUUUCUGUUUUUUGUUUGUUUAGUUUUUUGGGUUUUUUUUUUAUUUGUUUGUUUUUGUUUUGAGACAGUAUUUCAUGUAGCCCAGGCUGGCCUCCAACUCUAUGUAGCCAAAGAAGACCUUGAACUCUUGAUUCUCCAGCCUCCAUCACUGCCAAGUGUUGGGAUUACAGAGAUAUACCUUUAUGUCAGGCUUCAGUAAAUUCUUUUUAAAGUUAUUGUUUUGAAAUCAUUUCUGAUGGAAUUCCUCCAGGAAGGAACUUGUGACAAAAGAGACCUAGGAUCCAACUUCAAGCUUUUUGAAGCCACUAAGCUGCUAGCCACAGAAGCUGAGUUUAGCCUGGUGUUUCUCUAACCCAGAGCUUUUGCUGGAGCACUGUGUGAUAGUCCCAAGUUUUCACACACAAAUUUGAGACAUGUUUUCACGUGAAAUAGUUUUAGUCAAAUGUAUGUUAUCUCUGAAGUGGGGUAUCCCAACCUCAGACAUUUUUACCCCAAGGUCUCCCCUGAUGCUGUAUCCUUUCAAAACUACAACCUGACUAUAAUCAAAUUACUAAUAAAUUACUUUUCCCUGAA